AUGAAAAUUAAGUUAUUAAGUUAUUUUCUUAUUUAUUUAAUUUCAACUUCAUUUCUUCUUAACAGCUUAAAUGGAUUUGAAGAAGAAGAUUUAUGUACUGACAGAAGUUGUUUCCCCGCAACAGGAAAUUUAUUAAUAGGUCGAAAACAUCAACUUUCUGCCACAUCUACUUGUGGUCUUCAUAGACCUGGGCGUUACUGUAUUGUCUCUCAUUUGGAAAACCCUGAAAAAUGUUUUAAAUGUGAUUCAAGGCAACCUUGGUCCUAUGAACAACCUGGAAAUGUAAGCCACCGAAUUGAGAAUGUAGUUAAAGAAAAUUAUGGGGACAGAACUCAAAAUUGGUGGCAAUCAGAGAAUGGGGUUCAGAAUGUUUCGAUUCGGUUGGAUUUGGAGGCAGAAUUUCACUUUACUCAUUUAAUUAUGGUUUUUCGUUCAUUCCGCCCGGCAGCUAUGUUUAUUGAACGAUCCAAAGAUUUUGGAAAAACUUGUGUAAAAGAGGGCCCACCACGUAAUCACAAAGAUGUAAUUUGCACCAAAAAAUACAGCGAUGUUGCUCCUUCUACUGGAGGAGAGUUAGUGUACAAAGUAGUUUCUCCACAUAUCCGAACAGAAGAUCCUUAUGCGCCUGAUAUUGCAGAACUUCUUAAAAUUACAAAUUUAAGAAUUAAUUUUACAAGAUUACAUUCUCUUGGAGAUAAUUUAUUAGAUUAUAGACCUGAAAUUGAUGAAAAAUAUUGGUAUGCUGUUUAUGAAAUAGUUGUAAGAGGAUCUUGCUCCUGUUAUGGACAUGCUCAACGUUGUGUUCCUGUUGGAGAUGAGACUAUACUUACUGCAAAAUUGCCAGAUAUGGUGCAUGGAAAAUGUGAAUGUACUCAUAACACGAAAGGAAUGAAUUGUGAUGACUGCGAAGACUUUUACAACGAUUCCCCAUGGAGACCAGGCAUUGGAGACCAAUCGAAUGAAUGUAAAAGAUGUGAAUGUAAUGAUCAUGCUACUCGUUGCCAUUUUGAUUGGGCAGUCUAUAAUGCUUCUGGAUUUUCUUCUGGAGGUGUUUGUGAUGAUUGUCAACAUAACACAAUGGGGAAGAAUUGCGAGCAAUGCAAACCUAAUUUUUAUCGAGAUCCUCAAAGAUCCAUUCGAGAUCCAUAUGUCUGCAGACCAUGCCAAUGUGAUCGCAGUGGUUCUAAAUACGAUGGAAUUUGUGAGACUGAAGAAGAUCCCGAACGUGGACUGGUUGCAGGGAAAUGUUAUUGCAAAAGCAACGUUGAUGGGCCAAAUUGUGAUCGUUGUAAAAAUGGAUUUUGGGAAAUGAGAAAAGAAGAUCCCGAUGGCUGUCGGCCAUGUUCUUGCAAUCUAAUCGGUACUUAUGGGAACGAAGGUUGUGACAAAGUGACAGGAAAGUGUACUUGUAAAGCUCUUGUAAUGGGAGAACAAUGUGAUCAUUGUCUUCAAGAACAUUAUGGACUAAGUGUUGAUGAUCCUAAUGGAUGCAAGCCUUGUGAUUGCGAUCCUGGGGGCGCCUAUGACAAUCACUGCGAUAGUGCUGAGGGUAUGUGCCGUUGCCGGCCAAAUUAUAGUGGGAGACGCUGUAAUACAACGGAAAGUGGAUAUUUCUGUCCAUUUAUUGAUAAAUAUACUUUUGAA